CUGCAUUUGACCGUGACGAGAAUGCCGACGAUGCAUAAAUUCCCAAUCACAUCUCACCAAAACUUGCGCCGGCCUCUUCCAAAUUCUGCUUCUCUUCUUCUUCUUCUUUAUGCGAUUGCUCCGUUUCUCUCUAAAUCUCUCACACAAAUCAGCACCUGAUUUGUGCGUGAAUUUUGGUAUUGAUUGAUAUGUUCGGUGAUCAGAGCUGGGAGUUGCAUAUAGAUUGGGGAUUAUUGAUCGUGGCAUUAUGAUAGUUGUUGAUUCCUUGCUUCUGCAUCACAGGUAACGAGGGGAUUUGAUAUUUUUCUAACUCUUGUAGUUUGAGGUCAAUUCCUGCUAGUUUUCUGGGAUGGAUUACCAUUCCCAGAUUGAGAUUAAUGAGAAUUCCCCUCAAUUUCCCGACCCUAUACGGAGUUCAUCAGCCCAUUCGAUUCAGUCGAGGGCGUCUGGUGGUCACUCCCUCAGGGAGGUUAGCUUCAGUGAGGGAGGACCGACGUCUGUGCGUCAUGGCUCGAGGGGUGCUGAGUCUGAAGGCUUUAGUGCUUCUUAUAAGGAGAUACGUGACGAUGAUGCGAGGUUAAUCUAUAUAAAUGACCCUGAGAAAACAAAUGACAAGUAUGAGUUUGCUGGGAACUCUAUCAGGACUGGGAAGUACUCUGUCUUGACAUUCUUGCCGCGAAAUCUGUUUGAGCAGUUCCACAGGGUUGCGUACAUAUACUUUCUCGUGAUUGCUGUUCUCAAUCAGCUCCCCCAGCUGGCUGUUUUUGGGAGGGGGGCUUCAAUUAUGCCAUUAGCCUUCGUGUUGCUUGUCACGGCAGUUAAGGAUGCGUAUGAGGAUUAUAGGCGGCAUCGGUCAGAUAAGAUUGAGAACAGCCGGUUGGCUUGGGUUUUGGUGGAUGAAAGUUUUCAACAGGUAAGGUGGAAGGAUAUACGAGUUGGUGAGAUCAUUAGAGUUUGCGCGGAUGAAACUCUUCCUUGUGAUAUGGUGCUGCUCUCCACUAGUGACAGCACCGGAGUUGCUUAUGUGCAGACUACCAAUUUGGAUGGUGAAUCGAAUUUGAAAACACGGUAUGCCAAGCAAGAAACACAAAUGAAAGAUCUAGAGAAUGAGAGGAUUAGUGGAUUGAUCAAGUGUGAGAAACCAAACCGUAACAUUUAUGGUUUCCAGGCAAAUAUGGAGAUUGAUGGAAAGCAUAUUUCUCUUGGACCUUCUAACAUCAUUCUACGCGGUUGUGAACUGAAGAACACUGAAUGGACAAUCGGAGUGGCAGUUUUUGCAGGCAGAGAGACUAAGGCAAUGCUCAAUAACUCUGGAGCUCCGUCCAAGAGAAGCCGUCUUGAAACAUCUAUGAAUCGCGAGAUCAUUUUCCUUUCAAUUUUCCUCUGUGCACUGUGUGCAAUAGUCUCUGUUCUUCAUGGAAUUUGGUUGAGACACCAUAAGGGUGAAUUGGAUCUAAUGCAAUUCUAUAGGAAAAAGGACUAUUCGGAGGCUGAAGAAGAUGAUUAUAAUUAUUAUGGAUGGGGCAUGGAGGUAUUCUUUGUGUUCCUCAUGUCAGUUAUCGUGUUCCAAAUUAUGAUUCCUAUAUCAUUGUACAUAUCCAUGGAGCUUGUUCGCGUUGGUCAGGCAUUUUUUAUGAUUCGAGAUAAUAUGAUGUAUGAUGAAGCCUCUAGCUCAAGAUUCCAGUGUAGGGCCUUAAAUAUAAACGAAGAUCUGGGACAAAUCAAAUAUGUCUUUUCGGAUAAAACGGGUACUCUUACUGAAAACAAGAUGGAGUUUCAGUGUGCAAGUAUUGGGGGCAUCGACUACAGUGAUGGGAACGGUGGUGUUGAGGAUAGUCAAACUGGAAAUCUAGGUCGAGGUGGUGAACAGGUUUUGAGGCCCAAGAUGAAGGUAAAAGUUGACCCAGAGCUUCUUAACACAUCAAAAAGAAAGCACACCAGUGAAGGGAGACACGUGCAUGAUUUUUUCUUGGCACUGGCUGCUUGCAACACCAUUGUGCCUUUAACAAUCGAGACUCCAGAUUCUGCCGUGAAGUUGAUAGAUUAUCAGGGGGAAUCUCCUGAUGAGCAGGCGUUAGUGUAUGCUGCUGCAGCUUAUGGUUUUAUGCUUGUUGAAAGAACCUCAGGCCACAUAGUUAUUGACGUACAGGGGGAAAGACAAAGGUUUAACGUCUUGGGUCUGCAUGAGUUUGAUAGUGACAGGAAGAGGAUGUCGGUGAUACUAGGAUGCCCUGACAAGGCAAUAAAAGUUUUUGUAAAAGGUGCUGAUACAUCCAUGUUCAGUGUCAUAGACAGAUCGCAGAACUUGAGUGUACUAAAGGCAACAGAAACUCAUAUUCAGACCUACUCGUCAAAAGGCUUGCGAACACUAGUUAUUGGUGUUCGGGAGCUGAGUUCAUUAGAAUUUGAACAGUGGCAGUCGUCUUAUGAAGUGGCUAGCACUGCCUUGAUGGGGAGGGCUUCUUUGCUUCGAAAAGUUGCAAACAAUAUAGAACAUCAUCUCGCAAUAUUAGGUGCUUCUGCAAUUGAAGACAAAUUACAGCAAGGAGUCCCAGAAGCAAUUGAGUCUUUAAGAACAGCAGGUAUCAAAGUCUGGGUUCUAACAGGGGACAAGCAAGAAACAGCCAUUUCAAUUGGCUACUCAUCUAAACUUUUAACAAGCAAGAUGACCCAGAUAGUGAUAAACAACAACUCUUAUGAAUCAUGUCGGAAGAGCUUAAUUGAGGCAUUAGUAGUGUCUAAUAAGCUCGCUGAUGCUCCAUCUGGAGGCUCUGAAAAUAGCAGCCAUCAGCUUGGCCUGAUUAUUGAUGGAACAAGCCUUGUUUAUAUCCUGGACUCGGAACUUGAAGAACAGCUUUUUGAAUUAGCUAGCAAAUGUGAUGUUGUACUCUGUUGUCGGGUAGCCCCACUGCAAAAAGCUGGAAUAGUUGCUCUGAUAAAAAGUAGAACCGAUGAUAUGACCCUUGCCAUUGGUGAUGGUGCAAACGAUGUUUCAAUGAUCCAAAUGGCUGAUGUGGGCAUAGGAAUCAGUGGACAAGAAGGUCGCCAAGCUGUGAUGGCAUCAGAUUUUGCAAUGGGUCAAUUUAGAUUUUUGGUCCCACUAUUAUUGGUGCAUGGGCAUUGGAAUUAUAAUAGGAUGAGCUACAUGAUAUUGUACAACUUCUACAGGAAUGCAGUUUUUGUCCUUCUCUUAUUCUGGUAUGUGCUCUUCACAAGUUAUACACUGACAACUGCCAUCACCGAUUGGAGCAGUGUGUUGUAUUCAGUACUAUACACAUCAGUGCCUACAAUAAUUGUUGGAGUUCUUGAUAAGGAUUUAAGUAGAACUUCUCUGCUCAAGCACCCUCAGCUUUAUGGUGCUGGGCAAAGAAAAGAAGGUUACAAUGGAAAAUUAUUCUGGGUGACAAUGCUGGACAUGUUGUGGCAAAGUGUAGCUGUCUUCUUUGUUCCUCUCCUUGCUUAUUGGGGAAGCAAUGUUGAUGGUUCAAGCUUAGGCGAUCUUUGGACACUUGGUGUGGUAGUUAUGGUGAAUAUUCAUUUGGCUAUGGAUGUAACUCGGUGGUAUUGGAUAACACACGCAGCCAUAUGGGGAUCAAUUAUUGCGACUUUCCUCUGUGUCAUUGCUGUUGAUAUGCUUCCUUUCCUGCCUGGCUACUGGGCGUUCUUUCAUAUCGUCAAUACAGGAUUGUUCUGGGUAUGCCUGUCUUUAAUCACGAUAGGCGCACUCCUUCCUCGUUUUGCUGUAAAAGUUUUCGUUCAGUAUUACGGACACAACGAUAUCCAAAUAGCAAGAGAAGCAGAGAAGUUUGGAAACGCAAGAAGGUACUCACAAACACAAAUAGAGAUGCACCAAAUUUUUGAUCUUCCACAGAGAUGACUAAAAGUGGUUAGCUCUUUUUCCAUUAUUUCUUGCAAAUUUGUGUAAAAAAUGAAAUUUUUUGCUUCUAUACGAAAUUUUCUCUUUCUUAGAUUUUUUUAGUUUGUUACCUUCACAUAUGUUGGUAGUAAUGAGGAUUGUAUUCUUUCACUGAGGCUGUAACUGUGCAUUAAUUUAUGGUUUGCUAUACACUACAGGAGUUCUCACA